AUGAAUACCUCUGGCCUCCUUAACCUCCUCCUUUUCAGCCUCGUUGGCCUCGCGACGGCUGUCCCCAUUCCUGACUCUGAAGGCACAAGCGCAGAUCGUAUCUACUCUGCUGAAGACGUCGAUCUCAAGGCCAUCGGGGAUACCUAUUAA